AUGAAUCCCUAUUCACAGCACGUUUGCCUACUACUAUCCUUACUACUAUCCUUACUACUAUUCUUCCCUCAGCCAACACAUUCUAUCUGGUACUUCAACCAUCAUAAAAUAUGUAAUCCAACAACAACAUCAUCAUCAUCAUCAUCAUCAAAGCCAUUCACAGGAUUCAAGAUUAUCCGCCAAUACAAAAUCUCCGGUUAUAAUCCACCCGUAUCGAUGCACUUCCUAACUAUAGCUCAUUGUAAUGAGGGAAAAGUGGAUUAUAAGAAAGUAGUUCGAACUCAAUCUAAUAAAUUUAUUGAUUGGGAUGUUCCUUUUUGUUUAUUGAAGCCAAAGAUAAGCGAAAGGGUAGUUGGGUUGAAUCAGGUCCCCACUCGUGAUAAUGAGGUUUUAGGUAAUGCAAAGUCUAGUAGGUUGAAUGAAAUUGGAUCAUCGACGAUUGGAAAUCAAAAAUACCCAAAUGUAACGCAGGGACGAGCUAAUAGUAAUGAACAACAUGUGGCAUCGACGACAACAAAUACCAUGAGUAAUAUUUUACAAACUAUGAAACAUAAAUCUAUCCAAAUCAAUGAAUUGAUACGUAAGAAAUUUGACCUAACAAUGGAGAAAUUAACAAAUGGUAAAUGGAUAGAAUAUAGUGGCAAGAACAAAAACAUCCAUUUCCAACAACACGGCUCUACAUCGUCAGUUGGUGAAUACAGUAAGCUAGACGGCUCCACCCCUCAACAAUCUCCUGCGGCAGUAUCCCCACUUCAUACAGCACUAACUCAAGAAAUUAACAACUUGAUAUGUUUCAAAAUGGCAAGACGUAAACGGUACGCUAAACGCAAAAUAUCAUUUUUUAUGCCAUAUACAUUUGUUGGUGGAUUGUUUGAAUGUUUAAUUCCCUUGGAUCAAAAACAUCAAAUACUUGAAUCAUUUUUAAAAAAUAAUCAAAACGAUCAGCACCAUCGUCUGUCAGUGCGGUCACUGUCAGGUGAUCAAUUCUUCAUGGUUCUGCAAAAUUUCCAAAUUAAAUGUGACCCACAUCUUUCAAGACCUAUAUCGCCCUUAAUUGCUGAAGAUUCGACAAAACAGUGGUUCGAAAAUAAGUUUCACCAUCUACUCAACCCCAAAUUCAUUCAGACUAUACCUUACCUAACCACAACAACAACAACGACUUCAACGGCUUCAACAUCACCGUUUUCACCAUUGCAUCUCCUCACUACCCCAUUGAAAUUAAUUGGAUUUCCUCUAUGGAAUUCACAAUCUAAUAAUCUAGUAUACUCAUCCUCUGUUGAUGCCACCUGGGACAGCAAAAUUGACGUUAAUGAGGAUUACAAUUACAACGAUGUCGAUUUACAUGUGAUUAGUAAAAUGGUGGCAUAUCUGGCUAACCUAUUAAAUCAAUUGAUUGCACCAUUGGAUUUUAAUUCGUUGGUUAAGGGGUAUAAUCGAGCCAAUAUAAAAGAACGAAAUCCAUCAUUGGUUGAUUCUGGGAGUGGUCGUGAUUCUGAUGAUCAGGAGAUACGGCUGCUGCCGACUGAUGAAAAGCCGCAUCCAAAUCACAUAUUUGAUGUUUUAUCAUGGGAUCAAAAAGUCAGUUAUUGGUUAGCUUCGUCAAACGAUAGUUGUAUCAAUCGAAUUUUGUUACGGAUUGAAUCUGGCUGGGAUAAAUUAAACCUUGAUUAA